CUCUGCUCUCCCUCUCUCUCUUCUCUCUCUCGCGGAAUCCUAUUGAUCCAAACGGGCUAAUUAGCGGUGUCUGCGCAAUUACGCACAUGCGCACUGCGCAUAAUCUCAGCCAUUUUUUGAAGGAAACUAAUUAGCAGGAAUAAAGAGCCAAGUGUUUUUUCCUCCCCUCAGUGAUCAGAACUCAUUCUACCUCUGGAGCUCGCACAAACCCCUCCGUCCCCAUCUCUUCUGUUUACUACAGCCACUCUAUGUAGCUUUAAUUACACUGUUGUUUUGAAACAACUUGGACCCCGCUGCUCCCUCUCUCCAACCCCCCCUCUCUCCUUUUCCCCAUUUUUUUUUCUUCCUCUUCUUGGCUCCGUUAAAACACAGCAAAGGAUCAUUCAUAAGGAAUGAGCGGAUACUCCUUACGAUUGCUUUCAGGACGACUCGAGAUUCUGCGUGCGGAGCUUUGAACCGGAGGAGCUGCAGAAAUGUGGUCUUGUAAUGUGCGACAGCUGUAGCCUCUGGUAUGGACACCGGUGAGGGAGGAGGAGGGGAUGGAGGGGGAGGAGAGGAGAGAGAUGCUGACCUCAGUCCUCAGGCUUUAUCUCUUCCUCUCCUGACCCUGGCGGUCAUUCCUGAGCAGGGGUCGUCGUCCUCUCAUACCUCAGCCAUUGCCCCUGCCAAAGAAUCCCUGACCCCGCCUCAGCAGGGGAAGAGGGGCGCAGAGGGGUCCAAGGCUGGCGAGGGAGGAGAUGAGAAAGAAGGUGGCCGACAUCCGCUGGAGAAUGAAGUGCAACAAAGGUGUGGGUUUAAAGAAGACUUUGCGGAGGGAUGUCUGUCAGGGCAAAGGAGAGAUGAACGUAAGGUACAUGAAGAUGUGGUAGAGGCCUCACAUACAGGGGGCCUCCCAGCGGCCCUCAGCAGCAGAGGCAAAGAGGAGGGUAAGGAAGAGGAGGAGGCCAUUUCAAACCAAAGUCAAACCAAAUCCAAAUGUUCUUUAUUACCUCAACAGAGCCAGUACAGCUCUUCUUCCAGCACUGCAAUGGCCAGUGGCACACUCGACAGCAAAACAGCCGCCUCUCCAAAGCCCUCCCACACUCCCUCCUCUUGUCCAAAGCCCUUCCCUAUUUCUUCAGUCUCUCCAAAGCACUUCAGUUGUCCAUCAUCCUCUUCCUCCCUGCUGAGCGAGACAGAGGUAAAGGACAUUAAGGGAGAUCAGGGCUGGAUUUCUGGGUUUCCACAGAGCUUUAGAUCCCAGCAGUCUUCUAUGGCUUUUCCGCUGGCAGGUAUAGAGCCUGCUGGUGCACCAGAAGAUGAUGUGCUGGCAGGGGUUCCUCACACUUCCAUUUCCAACGGAAAUGGUGCCAAAGCUCCAGAACCAAAUGAAAGUCAGUUAGACACAGGAAUCGAAGACGAGAAAAACAAAGAAGAAGAACAAAGAGAAGGUGUUCCUAAAAACCUCAACCAAGAGCUUUCUAAUAACUCACUGACCAGCCACAUGACAAUAAUGCACUCACGCAAUUCUUGCAAGACUCUCAAAUGCCCAAAGUGUAACUGGCAUUACAAAUCUCAACAUACUCUACAAGUUCACAUGAAGGACAAACAUCCAGAGACGGGUGGGCAGUGUGUGUGUGGCACCUCCGGGGGAAAGUGCGUCUGUGGUGGCGGACCGCAAGGUGUGUGUGGGUACUGCACUUCGGGGAAACCUCAUCCUCGUUUGGCACGAGGUGAAACCUACGCCUGUGGCUACAAGCCCUACCGCUGUGAGGUCUGUGACUAUGCUACUUCAUCAAAGGGCAACCUCAGCAUACACAUGCAAUCUGAUAAACAUCUCAACAAUGUUCAAAAUGGGGGACAUGCAAAUGGUCACAUGCAAAGCACUCUCAAUAACAACAGCAACAAGUCUUCUGGUGGUCACCCAGUGGAUGAGCAGCCAUACAGCAAGUUACCCCUCACUAUUCCAACACCCACUGCCCAGCCUGCUAAAAUUACAUCACCUGCCCAACCUCACUCUCAUGGCAAGCGGUGGCGAUGUGACGUAUGCGACUAUGAAACCAGCAUUGCCCGCAACCUCCGCAUACACACUACAAGCGAGAAACAUACGCACAACAUGCUCCGGCUUCAGAGAGGCUACUACCUGUCUCACUGUAGGGGUCUGGCCCCACAUCUUAAACACCUGCAAAACCCAGGUGGUGAGCUUACCUUGAACAUGAGACUGACUGGUCAGCAGGUGACAGAACAACCAGUCACCCUUGGGUCUACGCUUACUCCAUCACCAUCCCCCUCCCCAUCUCCUCCUCCAGCUCCCUCUAUGUCUCCAACUACACCCCUUUCCCAGGGUGUGUUCCAAUGCCUUGUUUGCUUGUGCUUUUCUUCCGACAGCUUAGAGUCUGUAGAGAAACACCUUAAUGCGCCCCGCUCCUUGCCUCAGUCUGAGUGGUGCUCCCUUGUAGCAGGUGGUUGCCACUGUAAACUGUGUGGCUACACCACCCCUUUGAGGGCCAACUUCUCCUUACAUUGCCAGACUGACAGACACCGCACCCGUUACCAGCUUGCUGCUCACCUCCAGGAAGGUGGAGACAGGGGUCAGGAAGGCGCUUCCCUCAUAACUAAGGGAAACCCUGUCCAGCUGCGGUGUAACCUGUGUGACUUUGUAACAAGCAGUCUGGAGAAGCUACAGGGGCAUUCCCUCACUUCAAACCAUGGGCUGAGCUUUCGGGUAUACAAGUUCCUGCAGCAGUAUGAUGGUGAGGUUGAUGGAGGUUCAUGGUUGUUCCAUUGUCUUCUAUGCAACCACUCCUCUUCUUCUAAACUGCAAGUACUAAAACACAGUCAAACAUCAGCCCAUCAACAAAGAGAAGGGCUACUGCAGCUGCAGCCAAUGGGCGGAGAAGAGCUGGCAGCCAUUUUUACCAUCAGAAAAUCCCAAAGUGGCAUACCAGGAGAGCUUACUGAGGACAUGGAGACUUCCAGUGAGACCAGCACUGAUCCCUUGGAUACAACCAAAGACAAGAGUUAUUUAGGAGGGAAAACAGCCGAGGAAACGGGAAAAACAAAAGAACAAGAGAGAAGAGAUUCAAUGCCUUUGGGAAAGCGGCCGCUUUCUUUACAUGAGGAAAAGGAAACCCCAACCAAACGCCCCAGAACACACCAGCAAAAUGAGAACCAGCAGACUGUCCAAUGCCCAUUGUGCCAAGUUAGACUCCCAUGUUCAAACCUUCGACUGCAUCUAACACAAGUGCACAGUGUGGCGCAAGACUGUGUAGAUAAGCUCAUAAGUGCGGUGACACCUUCCAUUGAACACCUUGAGUCUCCGCUGGAGUCAGAACCACAGAAUCUGAUUGCUAAAAAUGAUCUGAACUCUAAACCUAUGAAGAGCAAUGAUGGAAACUGCUCCCAUACAGCAGAGUCUAUUGUUAAUCCACCAAAAAAUAAAGGCAUCUCAACGGAGAACACUGAGGGGAACGUUGCCGCACCCAAAGAUGUCACAGCACUACUCACCCCACCCCUGGAGGACAACACCACUCACCCCUCCAAUGGCACAUUGGCUCCUCAGUCCCCAACUCAGACACCCCCUUCCUCUCCACCCAUCUCCCCUCCCGGCGACCCCUCUCCCCUUUCGGAUCGUCAUGGUUACCGGUUUCGUUGCAGCAGGUGCAGCUUGGCAUUUCCAACUCAGGAGAAGCUCCAGCUGCACUGGCAAUACCAUGCCAUGAGGGCGGCGACAGAGUGCCCCCUUUGUUCAAGACAAUGCCGCAGCCAGGAGGCCCUGCAGAGACACAUGCAAAACACGCACUCACAGCAGGACAGCACCCAGGGACAAAAUCCUCUCUUUGCACCACACACUGCACCAUACCUGGAGCAUAAUAAGGAUUCAGUUCAGCAAGAAUUUAGUUUAUCACCUCAAGUUGGUCAAGAAGCAGGAGAGGGUGAUGAUGACAAGAUAGAUGAAGAAACACUGGGCAUGGAGGUGAGCGAGGAAAAAAAAGUAGAUAAACCUAAAGAGAAGGAGGUUUUCCACGAAUGUAAUGGUGUUGAGAAGAAUUCAACAGAGUUUGAGAAAGGCCCGACAGAGGAGGUUGUAUCAGAACCUACUUCUAGCCUUCUUGUCAAAAAGAGCUCAAACCCCACAAUGGAUCGUUAUCUAGAUCCAUCCAGGCCUUAUAAAUGCACCAUAUGCUCAGAGUCUUUUACUCAAAAAACAAUUCUUCUGGUCCAUUAUAAUUCUGUAUCCCAUCUCCAUCGGGCUCGAAGAGCCCUGCAAGACUCUGGCACAAAUUCCAUGGCCCAUGAGUCCCCACGUGGCCCAGAUCCUAGACCUUAUCGCUGCAGAUUAUGUGGAGUUGGGUAUAGUCAGAGUUCCACACUGGACAUACAUCUUCGUUCUGUGCUUCAUCAGACUCGAGCUCGCGCUGCUCAGAACUCAGCUCAGCAUACCCCAGAGUCAACUUUAACCCUUCCAGGUUCAGUUCCCUCUACCAAUGCCCAGGUUGCUACCACCAGAGACGAAACCUCCAAAAGUUUUCCCUUUGACAACAAUCCAAAUGGGACAAGCGGUUCAACCUCAUCCUCAGUGAGCUCAGGCUUAUUAGGUGAGAAUCAACCAACCCUCUGUGACCCUACAGAGUCCCAGCAAGCAAAGAAGAGGGUGGCAGAGCUCCUUGCAUCAAGAAAUCAAAUGAUGUUACUACAGCAGCAGCAUUUAGCUCAAGCACAGGUCCAGGCUCAACUACAACAACAAACAGCACUGCUUCAGUCCCAAGCAAUCCACCACCUCCCCCUAGGGACAGAAAAUCUCUUCAAACAGCACUUCUCACUGGCACCAGAUAACCUGCUUUCCCUUCAACAGCAACUACUCCUGCCAUUUUACUUGUCAGGUGAGGUAAAGCUUAACCCGGAAUUAAAUGUAAAGAACCAAGAUCUUGGCUUUGAAGCAUCUUCCAAAUUAAUUCCAGAAGAACAGGUAAAGACAGAUUCCAAAAUGAGAUCCCAGCCGGAGGAGAAACACACCAAGAAGCAAAAUUCAAAUUCAACUGUUAGGCAGCCAAAUGACCAUUCACAAAAUGAUGCCAAGGCUGAUGUAGUCUGCAGUGGGUCCUCCAAAAAGCAAGAUAAAACAGAAACAGAACAAAACAAUUCCUUAGUAAUACAAGAAACAGAGGAGACGGGUGCUGUAAAUGAAAGUCAGAAGCAUCAAGUAGCUUGUUCCUCUUUUACUCAUCUUGGAUCAGAAUGUCCCCCUCCAAGAGUGCCCUAUGCUGCUGCAAAUGGGGAGCCUCUGAAAGCUUUGCUACAGAGUUACGGCUAUGAGCUGGCCCUGCAGUAUUUACAAAGCAGACACAGACACCAACUGCAGAGUGUACAACACACUGACAAAAGUAAGGCGGAGGAGUAUUCAGAGCAGGAAAAAGAUGAACUUAGUCCUUUACAGAAAGAAAAAAUAGAAGUGGGGAUUAAAAUUUGUAAAGAAGAAGAAGGCAACAAAGACAUGUAUUUAAAAGAACAGACUAGAGAUAAUGGAUUUGCAAACAAAAGGAAAAAAUGCUGUGAAACUGGACAAAAGUGUAGAGACUGUGGCAAGCUGUUUUCUAAUGCCCUGAUAUUAAAAAGCCACCAAGAGUAUCUUCACAGAAUGUUAUUUCCCACUGAUGCUUUAGAGAAAUUUUCCAAAGAAUAUAGACUACAAUAUGACCAGAUGUACCCACUGGUCGAGCAAAAGCCAGGAGAGAAUUCAGCUGUUUCCACCGAAGCUACAGCUUCUACGUCAGGCCCAUGCAAAGAACCCGAAACCCCAACAGACUCUGUUAAGCAUCAAGAGAAAAAACUGGAAUCUUCACCAAUUCAGUCUGUUUCAGAACCAAUAAAUAAAACAAAUAACACAACAAAAGAACAGAAAAUAACUGCAUCUGCUGCAUCAUCUCAAUCUUCUCCUUCUCAGCCACCUGAGCUUAAACAGGAGAAAGUGCCAUUCCCUGAAUCCUCUAGUACGGCUACAUCUCAUACUACAAGCCCAACAACUCUUCCAUUGUCUAACAUACCCAUGCUUCCUCUUUCCUUGUCUCAGCUUUCCAUACCACCAUUGUCCAUACCGAAGCUUCCACUACCACCAAUUCCUUUUCCUAUGGAGCUACCACUCCUACCACCAGUUGUGAUGCAGUCUAUGGCCCUCCAGAGUCAGCCAUGGUUAGAUUCAAGCAUAAACCCUGAGCUGGCAAAAUUUUACCAGCCACAGCUUAACCAAACCCUUCUUGGGCAACAGCCACAGCUUAGUCCAUCUUUACUUGGCCAGCAAGCCCAACCCAACCCAGCUUUGUUAGGUCAUUCCCCACAGCUUAACAAAGCUCUGCUUGGUCAACACUCACAACAGAAUCAACAUGGACAGCAAAGUCAAGGUAGCCCAAGUACAUUGGAACAACAGCAGACUAAGAGAACAAGGACAAGAAUCUCUGAAGAGCAGCUGUCUGUUUUAAGGAAACACUUUGAUAUUAAUAGUCUUCCCAGUGAUGAAGAGAUCAACAAAAUGUCUUCUUUGUCGGGUUUGCCUCACAAAGUAAUUAAACACUGGUUUCGCAACACGUUAUUUAAAGAACGCCAGCGAGACAAAGAUUCUCCUUACAAUUUUAAUAAUCCCCCUACCACAGCCCUGGAUGAUUUUAGAGAAGACAUAACAAUGAAGCAGAGUUUGACCCUUUCUCCAUGUUCACUUUCUCCAGACCUCUCAGCAAACUCUUCCCCUCAACCCCAGAUGACAGAGGAACCUCAAAGAGGCAGACGCUCUUCCCGAACUCGUUUUACAGAGCAACAGCUGGAGACCCUGCAGGGAGUAUUUGAGGCCACCCCUUACCCCAGAGAGGAAGAAUAUGACAGAUUAUCUGCUCUCUUGUCCCUUCCAAACAGAGUUAUUGUUGUGUGGUUCCAAAAUGCACGACAAAGAGCUCGCAAAAAUCAAGACCGUGGAACAGAUGAUGGAUUAGAGGAGAAAAGCAAUCUUGAAAACAUCAACAGACAAAUAAAUGGUUGUCAAGUGACUGAUGAUGAUCAUCAGGAUAAUAGCUUUGAGGAUGAAGAACAAGGUGACCAUCAUAACGAAAAUUCCAUGGAUUUGACCUAUGAGUAUUACACCCACCCUGAUUCCCCUUCCCUCAAUUCUUCCAUUCACUGCUCAGAAAGUGACCAUCAAACAUCCGAUGGUGAACAAACAUCUGCUACAAAGAAACAAGAAGUAAAAAUAACUUCUACUCAAGCUAACAUGGGACCAGCUUCUGGGAACACUCAAAAUAGUAGUUUAGCUGAAGAUAUGCAACAGAAAGAGGUCUUUCAGUCAUUGAAAACAGCAUCUGAAACACCACCUCAAAGCCCAACAGAAAUGGCCCAGAAUUGGGCUGCAUCCUCUUCACAAACUAGUUCUAUACCAAUCUUGUCUAAGGCUAAAUCUGACCAUGGAAAAGCUUGCAGUCCUUUAAGAGUUCAACCCUCUGAAAAAGAGGUUGACCCAUCAUCAAGCUCCUCCUCUGCUCUAAAAUCAGAAAAAAUUCCAUCAUGGACACCUGAUGCAACAACGUGCCUAUCAACCGAAACCCAGCCACAAGCCGUCACUCAAUUUCAGUGUAGUCUCUGCCCAUUGACUUUGCCAUCCUUCCAACUAUGGCAAGAGCAUCAAACUAGACAUCUUCUUACUGCUCAGUCCCAGGUACAACUUCUACACUCUGGAUUCACGGACCGACCCAUGCCUUACAUGAUGCUUCAUCCUAACCCAUCUUUAAUGGCAAGUCAAAUGCUUUCAGGGGCCAUGUCCCAGAUACAUCCCAAUCCCACACAUCCAAUGAUUUCACACUUGAACAACAUCCAAAUUAAGAACACUUUCUCUGAUCACUCUAGUAACACUCCUAACAAUUCCCUGAACCUAACAAAGCAGAGUACAAAACAUGUAUCAGACACUAGUUUUGAAGGUCAAAGAGGCAAUAGGGAGGUUGAUGAGGAGCACAGGAGGGAUAAACGUCAGAGAACCACCAUCACUCCAGAACAGCUUGAAGUGUUGUAUCAACGAUACAGUUUGGACUCUAACCCCACCAGAGGAGUCCUUGAGAGUAUUGCACGAGAUGUUGGUCUCACAAGACGUGUAGUUCAGGUCUGGUUUCAGAAUACACGGGCAAGAGAAAGAAAAGGACAGUUUCGGUCAAUGGGACCAGGAUCAAGCUUCACCUUGGGCCUGAACCACCUGCGCUGUCCAUUUUGCAGGGCUCUUUUCAAAGUUAGGAGUGCUCUUGAUGCCCAUAUGAGAUCACGUCACUGGGCAGAGGCUGAAAGAGCAGGUUAUAAUCUGUCAAUAAGCAAUGGAUCCAAUGGACAGAGUGGGAUAGGAUUGACAUCUGCCACAGACAGACCAGGUCCAUCUAUCCCCUCUGCUCCUAUCCACAAUCCCGAAAAUGACAGGAGCAACAAAGAGUUUAGCCCCAAGCCACCAGGGUCUUCUUACUGUUCAUCCACCAACCUGAAAAACCCAGAAGAGGAUGAGGAAUAUGAGGAUGAUGAUGAUGAUGACUACCCUUGUGAGGAGAGUUCUAGUAUGGCUGACCAAGAUUCUCCAAGUCCUGAAAUAGCAGGGGAUCAAAGUUCAGAUAUGAGUGAGACACAAAGUCAGCAGUACCACCAUUACCAUCAGCAGCAGCGCCAAAGGACACAGAUGAGCCACUUCCAGGUACUUCAGCUUAAAACCUUCUACAGGAACCACCGCACACCAAACCGCCUUGAGUGUGAGACUUUGGGGCGGGAGCUGGGGUUGCCUCCACGUGUGGUCCAAGUGUGGUUCCAGAAUGCCAGAGCUAAAGAGAAGAGAGCCAGGAGCCUGACCUCUGACACUGCUGAGAGAGAACCAGCUGAGCUUUCAUCUAGGACAGGAGAGAGAGACAGAGCUUAAAAAGGCAGUCUGCUUCUUUUAGACCUGUUACCACCAGACUCACUAAUUCAACUUAUGUUUGACCACAGAUACCCUGUCUACCUGCUGCCAAACCAAUAACAUGAACACCCCAAAGAUCCAGAGCCACAGUGGCCCAAAGAGAAACUCUCUUAACUAGUUAGGGAGAGCCCAAACCAAGUCCUCUUUACCAGAGCUUUCCUCUUUUCAUAUUGCUCCUUAAAUAUUUCUUGGUCUGUCCUUUCUUGUUGACGCAAGCUCUUCUCCCCCAAUUCCUCUGGAAUCCCUGCUACACCAAACUCCAUCUUUACAUAAAAACACCAUGCCACAGAGGCCAAAGAGCAUUCUUCAAGUAUGUGACCUCACUGCCCAACUAGACCUGCAGUCUACCUCUCAGUCUGCAUGACAGACUCUCAGUGGGCCCUACACCAGACAUUGCUAGAUAACUAGCUGUGUAGCAUGUAGUUCCAGUCUAGUCAAGGUUGGAAAAUAAACUGUCAAAGAGAUUUUAGUGUAAAUAGAGAACUCCAAAAAAAAUGAAUAGAAAUAAACUUGAAGAGAACAAAGCAGUGGAAAUGAAACAAGAACAAACUGAAUAAUAUCCUUGAAAUACCUAUGGGUAUUCACAUAGAGCUUUUGUAAAGACUGUCUCAGAUUCCAAAGCUCAUAACCAAAAUUUUAUAUGUCUGUUGUUUAGUUUAAAUGUGUUUGUUUUCAGUAACAAACUGCAGAGCGGACGUCUGUAUGGUGAGGGGGUGUGAUCUGCAGCUUUCAUAUAGGUAAACUGAAAUCCAACAGACUGAUGUGGUGCUAGAAUACCACUCCACCCCCACAAAUAACCAAUGAUAAGUCUUCUGUUGUACAUGUGACUCCUUGUAUGUUCCUCAAGUGGAUAACCACCCAAAUAGCACAGUAUGUAAAGUCCAGUUUGUCCCAAAGGGGGUAAACUAUUUUUUAUAGCACUCAACCAUUAUACUGUAUAUGGAAACUCUAACCAAACUCGAAUUUACAUUGUGUGUGUUUAGUAAUAAUUUCUUAAUGAAAAAUCUUAUGGAAUGACACAAACUUUCUUGCUUCAUUGUGUCAUGAUAAUAAAAAGAUUAAGACAAGCUUUCAUAUUUUUAGGUAAGGUAAAUUACUGCCUUUCCAUUUUAGUUAAAUAUACCAAUGGCUUAACAAUGUUAUGUGAUAAAUGUAAAGCUUUCUAUGCUCAGAUAAACAUGGCUCCUCUUCAGACGUAAUCUUCAAACCAUAUAAACCUGUUUCCAAAAAAAAAAAAAAAAAAAAAAGGCCUAUAGUUUUAACUUGGACUAAGCAUUUCAGGAAAACUACAAAAGCAAUUCUGCAUUUCAAAGAUCUGAGCUUUUCACCUCUGAAUGAGAUGAUUGUUAAAAAAAAGGUAUUAAGACUAAAGUGUUUAAUAGUGUGAGGGGUAAAUGUACAGUGUUUAGCUUUUGUAUGGUUGACUCAAGACUUAAUUGGAUGUUUGACAUGUAGCUCUCUUUUCCACAUGUACCGAGCUUUCCUGCAAAGUUGAGGGGAUAAAAAACUUUGGAUGUUAUUGAUGUUAUUUUUGUAUUCUUAAUUUAUUUUCCUCCUUCUCCCUUCACACUUAAUUUUUUUUCUCAGUUAAUUUACUACCAGUCCUUAUUCUACCUGUUGUAAUAAAAUAUAACAAUAAUAGCUAAACAAUAAUUAAUGCUUUAAGACAAAAAUCCAAAGAUGUGAUAAUACUUUAACCAUAUGAACUACAAAAAUAAGCGCUACUGUUUACUUGAUGAUGUACUGCUGUUUUUAGAGAAGGAAGGAGUCCCUGUAUCUAAGCUACUGUUUUCUGCCUCUCAUAAGCACACUGGAGACUGUAACCAAAACCCCAAACUAGAGCCAUGGCAGUCUGUAAUAUAGUGGUUGAAGAGUUUUACUUCUCUUAAGAAAUGUUACAUUUAUUUUUCUUUUAUACCAUAGUGAUGAACUUCAGCCCUUAAGGAUGUCCAGUUUGCUGCUAAUGUACUGUAGUUUCUAAUGAUAUUGUAGAAAGAUGCAUGCUCUGAUCGCUUUACCACUAGGCUUUAAUGACUACAAACUGUAAUGAUAACUGUGAUGCUGUUUAUAAAAUGCUCCUGUCAUUCUGUUCAAAGGUAGCAAUUGAAACCAUAUGUUCACAUGCACUGUAUAUAUGAAUAUACAGUAUAUAUGGUAAAAAUAUAUUUUUGCUUAUUCAUCUUUUUAGCUCUGUCCACAAUUUCUCUGAGUGAAAUCAGAGCUUGUUGGUGUCUGCCGUAAACCAUGAAUUUAUCAUAAACCCAUUUCUAUCUAACCUAUCCAUAGUACAGUCUUUGUCCAUUUAGAAGACCUAUUUGUGUCCGAGCUUUAACUUCCUGGCUGAUGUCUUCAGAUGUUGCCUUAAUAUUUUCACAUAAUAUUUAUUACUCAUAUGAUUAUGUGCUCCUUAUGCAAAGUGCAGCAAUACUCUUUGCAGAAAAACACCCAGAUAACAUUUUGUUUCCAAAACUGCACCUCACAAAAAGAAUUGUAUUCUUAGGCUUUCCUGUUAAUGCCAGAUGACCACAGCACCCAAAGGUAUUUGGAAAUGUUACCCUUGGAUCCACCAUAAUUGUGGAGGUCAUCACUUCUCUUCCUUAUAUAUUUUUCUUCUCUUCUCAGCUUUUUUUCAUUAAUUCAGCCUAAGCAGUAUUGAGUUGUUUUAUUCUACGUUUGCUGGUGUGCGCCUAGUUAAAAUAUCUUCCGUAAAAGUGUAUGUGGUAUUUUGUGAAUACAAAAUACUAUGGCAAUUCAGCACACAUUCAGUCUGAUUACAUGUCAGUGCGUAAUAAAAAUGCCAUGCAUAUUUUUAUACAAUGUCUGCAAACAUAUGGUUUCAAUUGUAGAUGUGUGGGGCUCAAUUCUAUCAGGUUUCUUGAUCAGUAUACUAUAACUUACAAGACAAAAAUGGAUUUCAUGCUAUUGGGAAUUUUUUUUUUUGUCAUGCCUCCAGUUUAAGAUCAACCUUUUUAGGGCAUUAACUUUUCAGUGCAUAUGAAGAUUUUGCAUAGAUGUUUGAAUGAGUUAAGCCCCAAACAUAAUACUUGUAUGGUGUCUUUCUGUGUUGCAAUGUCUUUGGUCAGUGAGCCCAGCUCAAACACUUUUCUGACUCCCAACUGACAUCACAGCCAAGCUUUCCAAAGGAUGUGGACUGAAAAACUCUGUCAUUUUUUUUUUUUUCAAACUAACCAAUGUUUACGACAAUACCAAUGAGCUUUCUUCUGUACAGAAAUGUGCAUUCCAAAUACCACAUAGGCAGUCUUUUGUUGUAUAUGGAUAAUUUAAAAUUUUAAUUUUUCCUGUAUUCUCUUGAUCGUAGUGACUGUAAGAUGUACAUAUCAGAGUCCUUUAAUGACAAGAAGACUCUGUUGACCUUACUGUAGGUAAAACAGUUCCUAAUUUUUUUUCUGGAUAUGUUGUUGCCAUAGUGAUGACCAAAAAGAAACCUGUGAUGUGCACCUGUCCUUAUGUCUUGCUCCAGUGGUUUAGUGUGUCAAUUCUAUCCUCAUCCCAGAUUUUCCCUGUUGUUGUGCGUUUCUCCCUCUUUCCUUCCCCCCUUACUCCACUGAGCUAAAUAAAGUCUGCUUUGGUGCA